AUGGCUUAGGAGACAGGAGCAGGUAUGGCUGACUCCACAGGUGAUCCAGAGACAGGCAAAGAUGUGGAAGAUCUGACAAAAAGCUUGGAGGAACUCUGUGAGAGCUCUAAGGAGCAGAGUGAGGAGGUGCUACUGCUUUCACACCUAGAACAGCAUCAUCAUCUUGUCUCUGUACUGAAAGGGAAAAUGGAUGACACACACAAACGCUGCAGAGACCUGGAGCAGCUCAACAUGGAGCUGGAGAAACUGAGAGGAGAGGAUGCUGUGAAAAUUAAAACCCAGACCCACCGUAUUCAGUAUUUGGAGGGGCGCUUCACAGAUCUGGUCAAAAACCAUGGAAAGAUGAUCCAGUUCAAAAAUGAGCAAAAACGGCACCUGCAGCUGUGGGAGGAGAGCAAGUGCCUGCGGCAGGACAGGGAAGCACUCUUCAUCCAGGCUGUGAGGGAGAAGGAAGCUGAAGUGCUCCAGCUGGCAGCCCAGGCCAGGAGGCUCUCACAGCAGUUCUGCUCCUUGCAGGAGAAAUAUGCUUCUGAGAGUCACAGAGCCCAGGAGAGAGAGAAGGAGCUGCUGGAAGCUCAGUGCCAACUAGCAGAUGCCUAUGCCCAGGAGGUGGAUUCACUCAAGAGGCAGCUGCAGCUCCUACAGGAGAGGCACCAACAAGCUGCUGCAGAGAGCCAGCAGAGGGCUCAGGGCAGUGAGCUGCAGGCCAAGCUGGAAAGGGCACAUGAAGAGAAAGAGCAGCUACUGAACCUGGCCAUGGAGAGGAGCAAAGCUCUGCAAGAUAAGGAGCGGGAGAUUCAGAAGCUGGAGGAGAAGCUAGAGACUAUGGAGGAAGCCAUGCAGAGAGCAGGAAGCUGCCUCAAGAAAGAAGCAGCAUCAGACAAAGAUCUGAAGGUUCAAGAGCUCCAAGGACAGCUAGAACGCAGCAAGCAGGCGUACAAUGAACUCCUGCUGCAGUUCAGUGCUUACAGAAAGCACAGUAUGGAUUUGCUGACUAAAGAGAGAGCUCUGAACAUCAAACGCCAUCACUUUGUUGCAUAA